ACCAGAACGGGGCCCCCAUGGCCCCGCACCCAUCCCAGGGCAGCCUCGGUAUUGCGCACGGCCGGGGAUCCGGGGUAAUGGGCCGCCCCCGCCGGGGAAGGACGGGGUCUCCUGCCCUGACGCUGGGCGGAGCGCGGCCCCCACAUCUCGCUCCCCCGGACAGGGUUGGAAGCUGUAGAUCCAUCACACGAACUAUUGACUCUUGAGCUAAUGGAGUAACUAACAGCGGUGGUAGGCCAUCAUUCUCUACAUGAACCAUCACUAGAGAAGGAUGACACGUCUCCAUUGAGUUUCACAGAUAUUUGCUGACAGCAGAGGAAUCUGAGGUAGCUUCCUCCUCCACACCGUCUGAAUGUCCAUAAGGGGAAGAGGAACUGAGAGCAUUGGAGAAACAGUCCAGCAGUUGUCAGAUCCUGUAUCCAUCUUAUUGCAGCCAGAAGCAGCAAUUUCAAAUAAAGUCCUCGUCACUGGCUGCAACCCUGGUUUGGAGUGUGCUCAGUGCAGACAAACUGUUCUGAGAAUUUUAGCAGUCAAACUUCAAUAACUCACUACUGAGCCUGUUCAAACAGACAUUUAGAAGGUUUAUAACUUGGCCAGAUCUUCACAGGGAGUGCCAAAGACACAUCCCUGAAACCAGGGCAAGCCCCCAUCUGAAUUUCAAGUCUUUGUUCCAAAUCUUGGAGAAGCUGGAGCUUCCAAAAAUAAAUAAAUAAAUAAAGCAAAAACUUGCAACCUAUUCAUUAAGAGGUGUAUAAUAACGUGUUUUUCCCUAAUUUCAUUCCUGGAAACUGCUGAUCUGUUUUGGUUUGUUUAUUUUUGCUGAAACUCAAAAACAUUUCAGCCUAAAGCAGACAUACUAUAUGGGUACUUUGAGCAUGAACAGUUUAAAUUUGGCAAAAUUAUAAGCAAUUUGAAAACUUAGUGUUGGACAACCUUAACAAGCUUCAGUACCUGCUCCACCUAUAGAAUAUACAUAAGAGUAAUAUGAAAGCAUAAAUGGAACAGCAUGUAUUAAGUGGCCCCCUCCUUAACAUGUAUUAAGUGGCCCCUUCAGUCUCAGAAGUGGGUAUGCCAGCAGGAGAAAGAAAAAACAAUGGUCCUUUCAAAGAGUACAUGCCCCUUGCUGUGGGCAUUCAGCGCCCUUGUUGUCUUCAAAAGAGGGCUCUGGGUUGAUUUGCUACACUCUUGUGUUUCACCAAAGCAUAUUGGCUCCACAGCACUUAAUAGAAGGGUUUAUAAUCCCACCCCUUGUCCUGGAGCACAGUUCUUCGAGUGUUUGCUCAUAUCGAUUCCAAUUAGUUGUGUAUGUGCGCACCGCAUGCACAGUCGCCAGAAGGGUUUUCCCCUAGCAGCACCUGUCAAGUCGGCUGUGGAGCCCCCUGGAGUCGCACCUUCAUAGUGCAGAACUCAGGGCCUCUGGUUUCUGGAGGAACUGCUGCUUCACAUCAAUGUGGGGGAGCACAGGGCAUUCUGUCUGGCAUUUGAGACCUUUUGGCCUCUCCUGGAGGGCAAAUGCAUAUCAGUCCUGACAGAAAAAUACAACAGUGAUGUUUUUUAUCAACAGACUGGGAGGAGCAUGCUCCUCUCCCCUAUGUCAGGAAGUCCUCAAGCUCUGGGAGUUCUGCAUAGCACACUCAAUACUCAUGGAAGACUCCCCAGGUCUCAGAACGAGCUAGCAGACCACCUCAGCAGGUCUUUUCAUAAUCACGAGUGGUCUAUUCACCUGGACGUAAUAAGCAAUAUCUUCCAAUGCUGGGAAGUUCCCCAGAACGAUCUGUUUGCCACAGAGGGCAACAGGAAGUGCCUGCAAUUCUGCUUCUUCCUGAACCACAGCCCGGGCUCAUUGGCAGACGUGUUUCUUCUUCCAUGGAAGGACUACCUCUUCUACACGUUCCCUCUGAUUCUGCUAGUUCACAAGGUCCUUCUCAAGAUCCGGAGCGACGGAAUCUCGGUGAUCCUGGUGGCACCAGCCUGGCCAUGUCAGCAUUGGUACACCAUGCUACUGCAGCUUUCAGUGGAUACUCCAAUUACUCUGCUGUUAGUUCCAGACCUCAUCACUCAACAUCACAGUUGUCUCCAACAUCCUAAUCUCAAAUCUCAGCACCUGAUGGCUUGGAAGUUGCAUGGUUAAACUUGCUAGAGCUCAUAUGCUCAGACCCCGUUAGGGAGGUCCUUUUGGGUAGCAGAAAACCAUUCACCAGAGCUACUUACCUGGCCAAAUGGAAAAGAUUAGCAAUUUGGUGCUUGCAGAGCCAUAUCCCUCCAACGUAAUCGUUGGUUCCCUUUAUCUUGGACUACCUGCUAAAGUUGAAACAGCAGGGCUUGUCUCACUCCUCGAUGAAGGUUCACCUGGCCGCCAUCUCACGUUUUCACCCAGGAGAACAUGGCCUCUCUAUCUUCACUAAUCAUAUGGUGCGACGGUUCCUCAAAGGGUUGGACAGGCUGUAUCCUCAAAUCCAACAGCCCACCCCAGCUUGGGACCUUAACCUGGUACUCUUGAGGCUGAUGGGGCCCCUGUUCGAGCCCCCCCAAAAAAGUUCCAGUGAACAGCCUUUCUCCUAGGACAGAUCUCUCCUCCUGUACGAUAGCUGUGUGUAUCACAAACUGUUCCUGAUGUGGUGCCUGGAGAAACUCAGCAAGGCUUCAGAGCCAAUCAUGUUGGGAAAAGAAGGAGUUUGCUACUGGAAUAGAGCUCAGAGGGCAAUGGCUGCUUCUCCCAACAUCUUAACCCCAGACAGGAUUCCAGAAUUCUGCAUCCCAUCCAGAUUGAUUAGUUCCCACUCUGCAAGGGAUCCCAGCUCCCGCAUCCAGUCCUAUGCAGAGACCAACCUGUGCCCUCGUGAAACUGUUCAUAACCCCAGUACACAGCUGCCACAUAUCCUCUCAACUGAAAUUGCUAAUAACUUCAUUUCAGUGGAAGAAAGCACCAACUCAGACCCACAGUCACAGGCAGCACUUUCCCUCAUCCAUUUCCCCAAGGUGCAGACAUCCUAUGGAUUUUGCACUUUGCUGGAGAGUCCCCAUACCAGAAGAAAGGAGAGUAUUUUCCACAAUGACCCAUGCAGUUGUUCUAUGUCCUGUCUACUGUUGCUGCCAAGUUCCAGAAUCUACCUCAAAGGAGUAGAUUCCAGCAUCAUCAGCUCUACCACCACCAGACUCUCUUCUAGGCAUCCACACUUGCCAAGACAAGACACUUGUGAUUGUGAUACUGCUUCUUCCACCGACUCUUCCCCUUUCACCUCCUCACUUCUCAAAAGAUUCCUUCCCAGAUCCUGCUUUUUAUUUACAAUCCAGAGCCCGGAGAGACUGCUCUGCAGGACUUUAAAGGCAGAAAGCAAAUCCAGCAUGUUAAGGGGAAACUCCUUAUCCACAGAUGAAGACAGCUCCACAGACAGCAGUCCCAAUCCCAAUAGGCGGUCUUUGGCAAGUUUAUGUGAGUGCUCAAGCACACAAAGCUCUUCUGGGUCACAGUCAACCAUCUUUCCCCAGGAUUUUACUAAUGGCAGAGAGAGACUUAGAAGUGUACGUACAGUAUUUCUUGAUAGAAGAGGAAUCUUGAGACUGUUCUCUGACUUCUGUCCUGAAAGCAGAAGGUUGAGACUCCGUCUGAUAAGUGCUGAAGGCUUAUAUGAUGUAUUUGUGGAACCUAAAAGGAUUAACUGUUGCAUCACCUUCUCUCUUGUGCCAGGGAAAGUUCAGAAACAAAGAAGCACUGUUAUAAAGAGAAGCAGAAAUCCCAUCUUUAAUGAGGACUUCUUCUUUGAUGGUAUUUCUAAGGAUGAUCUUCACAGACGAUCAAUCAAGAUAAAAGCUGUGAAUAAAGCAUCUACUAUGAAGAGAGAUUAUAUUUUAGACUGAUGAUCUGGGCUGGAUUUAAAUGAAAGAACAGACAGCACAUCAAGCAACGACAACACCACAUUACCCCUUGAAGUGAGAAGAGGUUUAAAAAGGUGUUUAGGAUUAAUGGUACUAAAACCAACCCAUUUCCUGAUAGCCAUUUAUUCCUUUGGUCUUGGUCUAUGGCUGUUCGGAGAGCUCAGCUAUUCUGGCAUACUUCUUCUGAAACUGCACUUCACACUUGGUAAUUUGAUUUGUAGUUUAUCCAGCCAUCAAUCUCACUGGAGAUACCACAUCAACUGAUGAACUUUUUGAUCAGAUUGGCUAAAAGAAAUCCUGCUCUGCUGCCAGGAAAGAAUAAAAACAUCUUCUCUCAUCAGGAAGCAGAUCAAUGGCUUCUUUGAAAGCAAAGGAAUAACUCCUGAAUUGCUCAAGUGCGGAGAAAUGUGAUGUAAUUUAUGUAAUAAAGGUAAUUUGAGAGUUU